AUGCCGUAUACCGGUAGAGGAUCACAUCAUGUACUCCGCCAAUUUGCCCGUGGAAGGCAUCAAGCAACUUUCAGCUUUCGAAACAACAAGUUUUCACUCACCAAGAAGGAUCAAAGUGGUGGCGGGAAACGGAAAUAUGUGCCCCGUAAAGCUGCUGUGAAGCUGACGCGUAGGGCGAGAAUAUACUUCAAAAGGCUCUUAGAGGACAACCCAGAGAAGGCUGGGAUUAUGCUCCACUACAAACAAGCCUCAUCAGGGCAACCUAGAAUGGUGUUCUCGUUUGGUUUCGUGACUAUCGAUGACAUGGAAUCUGAUGAUGAAGGAGUGUCGUUGGAAGUUGACGCGAACGGCGAUCCUUUGGCACCUGGAGAGGCACUAGAGGACGGGAAACCCAAAUUGUAUAUCAAUGCCGGGGCUUUCCUGAAAGUUUUGGGGGCUACUGUCGAUAUUGACCUUGAGAGUGUUACUCCAAUUCUCUAUGAUCGCGAAGGCAACCGCAUGGAUCCAAAUGCUUAG